AUGCCCACUCCCAGCUCUGCCUCGCCCCAGGCCAAGGGCUUCCGCAGGGCGGUCUCCGAGCUGGAUGCCAAGCAGGCCGAAGCCAUCAUGGUAAGGGGGCUGCUGGGCCCACCCAGCCUUGCAGGUGCUCCCCGACCCGGGGCUGCAGCCCUGCUCUGCUCACACCCCCGAGGCCAAUCCCCGCGCUUCAUCGGGCGGCGACAGAGCCUCAUCGAGGACGCUCGCAAGGAGCGAGAGAAGGCCGAGGCCGCAUCGGCCGCCUCCUCGGAGCCCGGGGACCCCCUAGAGGCCGCAGUGUUCAAGGACAAGGACGGGAAGGCCAUGCUGAAUCUGCUCUUCACCCUCCGGGGCGCCAAGACCGCGUCGCUGUCCCGGGCCGUGAAGGCAUUUGAGACGUUUGAAGCCCAAAUCCACCAUCUGGAGACCCGGCCCGCCCAGAAGCCACGGGCAGGGGGCCCCCACCUGGAGUACUUUGUGCGCUGUGAGGUGCCCAGUGCCGACCUGCCCGCCCUGCUCAGCUCCGUGCGCCGGGUGGCAGAGGACGUGCGUGGUGCUGGGGAGAACAAGGUCCUCUGGUUCCCGAGGAAAGUUUCUGAGCUGGACAAGUGUCACCAUCUGGUCACCAAGUUUGACCCUGACCUGGACUUGGAUCAUCCGGGCUUCUCGGACCAGGCUUACCGCCAGCGCCGGAAGCUGAUCGCGGAGAUCGCAUUCCAGUACAAGCACGGCGACCCUAUUCCCCGUGUGGAGUACACGGCCGAGGAGAUUGCCACCUGGAAGGAGGUCUACACCACCCUCAAGGGCCUCUACGCCACCCACGCCUGCCGGGAGCACCUGGAGGCCUUCCAGCUGCUGGAGCGCUUCAGCGGCUACCGGGAGGACAGCAUCCCCCAGCUGGAGGACGUGUCCCGCUUCCUGAAGGAGCGCACGGGCUUCCAGCUGCGGCCCGUGGCCGGCCUGCUGUCCGCCCGGGACUUCCUGGCCAGCCUGGCCUUCCGCGUGUUCCAGUGCACCCAGUACAUCCGACAUGCGUCCUCGCCCAUGCACUCCCCCGAGCCGGACUGUUGCCAUGAGCUGCUGGGGCACGUGCCCAUGCUGGCCGACCGGACCUUUGCUCAGUUCUCCCAGGACAUCGGGCUUGCGUCCUUGGGGGCUUCUGACGAGGAAAUCGAGAAGCUGUCCACGCUGUACUGGUUCACGGUGGAGUUCGGGCUGUGUAAGCAGAAUGGCGAGGUGAAGGCCUACGGCGCGGGGCUGCUGUCCUCCUACGGGGAGCUCCUGCACUCCCUGUCUGAGGAGCCUGAGAUCCGGGCCUUCGACCCGGACGCUGCCGCCGUGCAGCCCUACCAGGACCAGACCUACCAGUCCGUGUACUUUGUGUCCGAAAGCUUCAGCGAUGCCAAGGACAAGCUCAGGAACUAUGCUUCCCGCAUCCAACGCCCCUUCUCCGUGAAGUUUGACCCGUAUACCCUGGCCAUCGACGUGCUGGACAGUCCCCACGCGAUCCGGCGCUCCCUGGAGGGCGUCCAGGAUGAGCUGCACACCCUCACCCAUGCGCUGAGCGCCAUCAGCUAGGAGCAGUGGGAGAGGCCCCGAGGUCUCCCUUCCCUUCCCCAGCCUCCCCCUGGCCCCUGCCCACGUGAGGGGCUGGGUCACUGGGCACCCCGAGAGCCCGCCAGAGAUCCUCCCUGCUGGAGGGCACCCCGCGGAUCCCCACCCCACUGCUGCUCAGCUCUGCCUGCUGUGUCCUUGUCCUGCCCAUGCUGCCCGCGCCGCCCGCUCACAACCUCAAUAAAAGAAAGAA